ACUUUAGGCUAAUAAAGUAUGCCUUUUUAGGUGCCUUUAUAAUCGUUUACUAUUUUUCUUAAAAUGGCAAAGAAUAAAACAAUAAUAAACCUUAUAGUGGAACUUGAUGUAAUGUUGUUUAAUAAAGUAAAUAAAUAAAAUAUCAAAGAUUGAUACUUUAGUGACAGGUUCUGCAACAAAAACAAUACUUGUCCUGAACACUGAAUGUAGCAGGUAUCUUCUGUUUUACAUCUCUCCGAAUAUGAUCUGUUGUUUUCAGCUUUUUUUAAAACACGGAAGCUGUUUUUACCCGAUCCAUUUUCAGAUGAUUUUAGAUCUGUUAGUGAACGGCAUUCGCUGCAGUUCACACUCCAGACCAGAUGGUGGCGGUAUUGCACACUUUCAUUUUUUUGGAAAGCGCCAUAAACAGAACAGACGCUGUUCAAAUUCGCCAUUUUUACUCGAAUAAUAUUGAAUUAAAAGUAGAGAGGGCCUUGAUAAUAGUUAGUAGUUUUGGUAAAUUCAAGCUGGUGACGUUCUAGUCCGAGUUAGACGACAACACAACAGGACAAGAACCGAUGGAAACGAAAUGUGAGUCACGAAAAGAGCCGAGGGACGAAGGCUGCUAACGUGCUGCUAGCUGGUGUGUAAGCAGAUGAAGAUGAAAGAGGAAACCAGGAAUCAGGAGUUAAAAAACCUAAGACCUUCCUGUCUCAGCAGAGGCUCUGGCUCCACCAGAUCACCAGAUCCACCAGAUCACCAACCAGCUCUGAGGAUGAAGCUCCACAUCGUCUUCAUGGUGGAAGGAUUUUUAUUUUUACUGAGCAGCUGGCCACAGUUUAACAGCAGAACCUGCUGUGUUUCCAACACUAAGUGCUUAAUAAACAUGAUUUCAUUUAAAAACAACAGGACAGAAUUUAUUCCCCUUGUUAAUCUACCAUUUCUCUUUCAUACAUUUUAUUCAUUGUGAGCUUUCAGGGCCUGUGAUGGACCGGUGACCUGUCCAGGGUGAACCCGCCUCUCAUCUGAUGACAGCUGGAGACGGGCCCCACCGGCCCCCUCACCCCCUGCAGGGACCAACGUGUUCAGAUCAUAGAAAGAUUUUAAGUAAAGAAAACACCCAGGAAUGUUUUUUCCCUCCAGGCAUCCGGUCCAAUCAUCACCGGUUCUGAUGAUGUCACAUACAUAGCAAGUCCACAACGUCUUAAAACUAUUCUUUGCUUGACUGUCAUUUCCCCACCACCGACAUUCCUGCCUGUUGUAAAGCAACAGAUCAUGUGGCGCAGAAUAAGUCACAUGAUGUUCAAUCCACUAGAUCACCGAGUAAUCGCUCUUCUUCUUCUCCGUUGGAUCAUAAAGCGGUCGUUAUUCCUUUCUUUUCUGUCAAUUAAAAUGAAAAAUGACUUUAAUAAGUCUGAACUGAUUUCUGUUCUUCGUCCUUUCGCUCGUCUUCGCCUGCGGGACAAAUUGCUGAAUUCAGCUUUGAAAAGCACCAGGUGGUGAUGAUGAUGAUGAUGAUGAGCUUCGGCCCCGCAGGCUACUUCACACCGACGUCGUUAAUGAGGGACCAGCUGCUGCCUCCAAACGACGACCUUUGACCUUCAGGCGAUCGAUGGGCCUUAAUUUACUGCCAACUGUUUCUCUGUUCGCCAGCAGCUUCAUCUGUCGGCUUUUAUUCUUAGAAACCAGUUUGGUUGUGGAAAUGGUUCCAGUUCUGCUCAGACGUUUCCAUCAGCAUCACAGUGAAAAUCAUCCAAACGCAACGAAUUUUAAAAACAACGAUUGUUUGUCACAUGAACUGCGGAUGAGUUUGUGCUGAAAUCUGCUUGUUUAAUUCUUUUUUUUCCCAACAUAUCCUCUGAAUUUAAUGUAAAUGAGCCUGAAAAUAACAGAAUAGAUUUAUAAUAUUUCAGGUGCAAAAACAGCAAAGAGUCAAACGAAUGGGAACAGAUUCAAACUAAAAAUAUAAAGUCAUACAAGAGAAAAAUAUACUUUAUAAAUGAUUAAAUGUCUGAGUAGAAUCAUUUAAAAUAUAAAUAAAUUGAAUUAAAUUUCAUACUUGCAGCAGCUGAAGCUUUCAUCGAGUCUCAGGAGAAAAUCACAAAAUGAAGGUUAUCUGCAUAAAAACGGACUUUAUUUUUUAUUUAAUUCUUUAUUUCAAACAGGAAAUGACGUCAUAAACAACGUGAGGUCCUGACACACAGCCCUGCGGUAGAAAGGACGGAUGGAUGGAUGUUAACCGCUCAGCUGUUUUUCAUGUCAAAAUAUUUGAUAAAAAAUAAAAAAACCUUUAAAAUGAUUAAUAAAAUGAUUCCGUUGUUCAGUUAAUUUUCCGGUUUGUCUUCCUGAUCUAAUUGAUCCUGAUCGGUUCUCAGCAGGUCGCUGCAGCUGGAGACACGAAACCAGUUCAACACUGUCCUGCUAAUGAGGAAGAGGAGGAGGAGGAAGAGCAGCGACUCUCAGACAUCAGAAGGUUUUUUUCCUCCAUCUGACGGCGGCUUCCUGUGAGACGUCCUCCCCUCUGUUUCCACGGUGACGGCAUCCCCCCCUCCCCCUCCUCCUCCUCUUCCUCCUGCUGCUCCUCUUCCUCGCCCAUCGCUCGCUGUCCGGCUCCGUCGGCUCGUCGGUGUCGUCAGGAUGGGAGAUAAAGGAACCAGAGUGUUUAAGAAGGCCAGUCCCAACGGGAAGCUCACGGUUUACCUGGGGAAGAGAGACUUUGUGGACCAUGUGGACCUGGUGGAGCCCGUCGAUGGAGUUGUGUUAAUUGACCCAGAAUACCUGAAGGAGAGGAAAGUGUUCGUCACGCUGACCUGUGCCUUCCGGUACGGCCGGGAGGACCUGGACGUCCUGGGGCUGACGUUCAGGAAGGACCUGUUCGUGGUGAACAUCCAGGCGUUUCCUCCACUGCCUGAAGAGAAGAAGAGUCUGACUCGUCUUCAGGAACGCCUGAUUAAAAAACUGGGGGAGCACGCCUACCCCUUCACCUUCGAGAUCCCUCUGAACCUGCCGUGCUCCGUCACCCUGCAGCCGGGACCGGAGGACACCGGGAAGGCGUGCGGAGUCGACUUUGAGGUGAAAGCUUUCUGCGCAGAAAAUCUAGAGGAGAAAAUCCACAAAAGGAACUCGGUGCGCCUGGUCAUCAGGAAGGUUCAGUACGCCCCGGAGAAACCGGGCCCCCAGCCGACGGCCGAGACCACCAGGCAGUUCCUGAUGUCGGACAAACCGCUGCACCUGGAGGCGUCGCUGGACAAGGAGAUUUAUUACCACGGCGAGCCCAUCAGUGUCAACGUUCACGUCACCAACAACACCAACAAGACGGUGAAGAAGAUGAAGAUCUCAGUGCGGCAGUACGCGGACAUCUGCCUGUUCAACACGGCGCAGUACAAAUGUCCCGUCGCUGUGGAAGAGUCGGAUGACGUUGUGGCUCCCAGCUCAACGUUCUGCAAAGUUUUCACCCUCACUCCAUUCCUGGCCAACAACCGGGAAAAGCGCGGCCUCGCCCUGGACGGAAAACUGAAGCACGAAGACACCAACCUGGCCUCCAGCACUCUCCUGAGAGAAGGAGCCAACAGGGAGAUCCUCGGCAUCAUCGUGUCCUACAAAGUCAAAGUGAAGCUGGUGGUGUCACGAGGCGGGCUUCUCGGAGAUCUGGCUUCCAGUGACGUCUCUGUUGAGCUGCCCUUCACAUUAAUGCACCCGAAGCCGCUGGAGGAGUCCAUCUACCGAGACGCUCCAGAUGAAGCUCCGAUCGACACUAACCUGAUUGAGUUUGACACAAAUGACGAUGACAUCAUAUUCGAGGACUUCGCCCGCCAGCGGCUCAUUGGCGCUAAAGACGAGAAGGAGGAAGAGGAGGAACCGUUGGACUCACCCAAACCCGACGACAGAUAGAGGCGACGGGCGUCACGGCCGUCACUGUUGUUGUUUUGCUGCUGUUUGUAGUGUGGAGCCGGCAGAGGUUACCUGUAGGCCGAGCCGCAGUCUGGACACCCUCCAAACACUCGGUGGUGGCGUGUUUGUGUGUUUGUUCAUGUCCGUCCUCUCUCUGCGUCCCGCAGGGUGUAGAAUACCGCAGCCUUGUGUCGUCGGGCCGAGCCUCGGCAGGAACUCAGAGCCGGCGAUCGCUGGACGCAUGCCUCUCUUUGUUCUUCGUAUUUCCAUUAGAGACCGAUCGGGAGUUCAGUUGUGUUGAGAUUAGUUUCAGUGUUUUAUGUUGAAGGGUCUUUAAAAACACUGCCAAAUUCAGAUGUCUUGCAACGGUUCCCCACCAGAUCAACAUCAGGGACUUCAGCUUACGUCUGCAGGUGAAGAACCGACCCAACGAGACAACAAGGAACCAGUGCAUGAAAUAUAUCAGUAUUUUAUUGUUUAUUGAGGUCAUGAGUAAUGAAGUUAUCCUUGGUUUGUUUCCACACGUUGAUCAUUACCCAAAUCAUCAUCAUUGGGUUAAAAAUAUUCUCCCAGCUCAUGAAAGCUGUGCCUACAGUCACCAGUAGUAGAAAAACCAAAGCAGUGGUUUAGUUAAAGAAAUGCAGUGAGACCCACUGGAACAUGCAUGUUGCUCCUAAACGACACCAGAGAUCGUUAGAAGUCCAAUUCCACAGAGUUCUGUGGUACUUUAUGGUUCUUCUUAAAACCCAGCCGCGGUUCUGACCUCCAGGUGAAGACAGUCCUACAAGAUCAGUGAAAGUGGCCUUAAUUAAUGACAUUUCCUAUGUAUGGUCCCAACAACUGGUCUGCAGACCAACCAGCCAAAAGAUUAUGACCCCAAACUUUAUUAGGUUGUCUACAGAUUCUGGACUGGAUGUGAUUGGUUGUGAUUGGUUGUGAUUGGGCGAAUGGGAGGCAGAGCCUGGUCUGGCUGGUUGUUGUGUUGCUCAGACGUCCAGCUGGUGUUUUCUGUCUUCAGGCUCGUGUGACGGAGCAUCAUCCUGCAGACCAGCUGGUAUCAGCGUUUUAUUGUCUGCUUUCCUUCUUGACACCGUGGCUUAUAGAGAUUGACAUGAAGCUGAGCGUCUAUGUGGUGGAAAACAACAAAGCCCAUCAGAGCAGUUUUGGUAAAGUUCUGAUGCUCGUGCGUUCAGUGCAGCAGGUUCAGGUGGUGGAUCUUGGUGAUCUGCUGCUUCACAACCACAAACAGUGAGGAGGCGAACUCUCCAGCUGAAAUGUAGCAAAUGUUGCAGUUUUGGUUCCCAAUCGAACCGAGUUUACUGGACUAUCAGGAAGGAAAACACCCUAAAGCUCUGCAGACCUCACUGCCUCAGCUAAGGUCAGAGGUCAUGCUUGAUGACAAAGAGAGAAAAUGGGAGAGUUCCAACUCUAGAACCAGAGCUGAUCCAGAAGAACAUGAAGGUCUUCCUCACAUUUUCUGCUAACACCCUGAUGACCUCCGACCUUUCAGGGGAAAUCCUGAUGAGUUUAAAGUGGAAGUUGUUGGUCCCGUUUCCUCUGGAGUAAAACCAACGCAGCAUUUCAGAGCCAGAGCUGCGGCUGAAUUUGGUGCGUCAGGGUGUUGGUCUCUCCUUCCUCCUUCCUCUGAUGAUUUGCUGUAAUUGAUGGAACCAUAAUUUCUGCUCUCUGAGAGGAAACCCUGAAGGAAGAGUUCUCUCGAACUCAAGCUCUCUUGCACUGAUCCGGUUUUGCAGCAGGAUAUUGAUCAACAGGUCAAAAUGCAAAACAGAAACCAAAGCUCUGGAUUGGCCAAGUCAAAGUUCAAGCUAAAGUCUGGUUCUAAAACAAUUCCUAUACUUCCACAGUGAUUUUUAAAAAUCUAGUCUGUGAUUUAGAAGAUUACUGGUCAACAGAAGUAAAUUCCCAGUUUGAUCUGGUUCAGGUGGUUUUAAAUCAUUUAUUUCCCCUCAGUAAAAUGAAAUCAUCUGAAUUUACUGGAGUCAUCUCUGUCUGAUGAGUGAAUUAGUUCCAUUUCAAUUAAAUGUGAUAAAGUAUUAAAAUGUGUAGGGGUGAAUACUGUUAACCAACAUUGCACAUGUUUAAAUUCUGUUGUUCCAACCUGCUGUGCUACCGCCACCUGCUGGUGGCAGCCUGAACAGCAGAUACAGUAGAAGAUGAAACCCCUUAAAUUACUUGAGUUUUGACAAUAUUUUCCACAUAUUAAUAUAUACAAAAAAAAUAAUGACUUUAAUCUGUAAUUAACUGUAGAUUUCUGUGUGAGUUUUAUUUUUAAAAAGCAGGAUUUGUUCCUCUAAACUCCUGAUGAUGAUCAGUGAACUGAUCAUCUGUGUGUUAAACGUUCACAGUUUUUCUCUUCGUCAACCCUGUGGCCGUAAACGACGGUUUCUGUUUAAUAUUUGCUGAUUUUAAUAUGAAGUGAGAUUCUGAACUUGUAUUUUCUGACAGAUGUUUGACACCAGGUUGUCUUGGAGACUCGAAGUCGGAGGAUGAGGAAGAAACACAUCAUGUCUGUUUAUACUUUAGUUCCAGUUGUGGUUUAUUUUGAUAUUGUCAGAGAAACGUGUAUAUUCCCCACAGUCUUUAAUAAAAACACUGUUAGAA